AUCAAACGAGCUCAAUUCAACAAGCAGAGGAAACAAGCAGGCAGCAGCAGCUGGCGCUGGCAAAACCGCAGUACGGCACCUCAGCAGGGACAAUCCUCCUAACGAGGCCUUUCGGAUUAGCCGUUGGAACAACGUGCGGCAACGUCACCAUACGUGACAGGAAGUAUCCUGUGGCUAACAGUCAGCUGAUAGAGUAGCAACAACGUCUACAGUCCUGCGGUCAAAGAUGGCCUACCCUAGAUCCCACAACCCGUUUGCAGAUGAUGAUGAGGAAGAUUUUAAGCCUAAAAGUAGGGGUUUUGACGAUGACCUUAAUGACAGUGGGAUGAGUGAUGCAGAGAGGAGGCAGAGGUACCUCCAGCAGGAAGUGAUGCGUACAGCUCAGUCUGCUGUGGACAGCAGUUACCGUUCCCUCGGCCUCAUCGCUGAAUCAGAGAAGAUGGGUGUGGAAACUGCUGAGGAGCUGAUGCGACAGGGUGAGGCUCUGAAGAGGACAGACAAGAUGUUGGACAACAUGGAUCAGGACCUGAAGACCAGUCAGAGGCACAUUACCAGUAUUAAGAGUGUGUGGGGCGGCCUUGUCAAUUACUUCAAGAGCAAGCCAGAGACAAAACCACCACCUGAGCAGCCAAAAGCUUACCAGGCCAGUGACAAAUUAGAGAACGCCCUGUCCAGCAGCAGAGCACAUGAAGAUAAGUACCAAGCCAGCCACCCCAACCUAAGAAAGCUGGAUACAGGAGGAUUUGGAGCUGCUGCGUCACUAGAUGACAGCUCAUCUAGACAGAAUGGACACCCACAGAACAGACACCUCAGAGAGGCUCACCAGACCCUUGACAGAAAUUUAGAUGAUAUGUGCGAUGGUUUAAGCAGGCUGAGGAACCUUGGGCUUGGUCUCCAGUCUGAGAUUGAAAACCAAGACGACUCCAUUCAUUCUCUGCUGAAUAAAGUGGACAAAAUGGAUCUCAAGAUCCACAACACAAACCAACAGAUUAAAAACCUCAAAUAAAACCAACACUUGACUCGCCUUACAGAGACAAAAGACAACAAGUCAUCCUGUCACGUGACUCUACAUCCUGGCCUCUGUUGAAUAAACUGUGUGCUUUGUUUCUGUUUAGUUUUUUAUGGAUGGUUUUAUGGAACACGUGAUUCUAAAAGAGAAGCAAGUGAACCUAUUUUUAGUUGUAUUAUCUGCACCUUUGCUGAAAUGUAAUAUCCCAUUCAUUUCCUGUUCAGGUUUGCUGUUCAAUUGAAGUGUGCGGAGAAAUCCCUCCUGCCCCUGCACUGAUUUAUUUUGUUGUGUGCUUCGAAGGGAAAUCUCUGCUCCAUGUGUGUGUUAGAUUUAAGAGACCGUCUCUGCGCAAGUGAAAGGUGUUUGUUAUGUCUUCCAACUCCACUUCACUUCUGUCUGAAUGUAGUCGAUUGAAUUAGCAGUUUUUUAAUCGCCAGAGACAUACAAAUACAGAAACAUGUGGAUGGGUUGACAAAUGAUUAAUAAUUCAUUCAUUAUUGAUUAAAUAGACAAGAACUGACCAUGUCUAAAACUGGAAUAUUUUGUGUCUAUGUUUCACAUGUCAGUGCUUAAUAAUUCCUGCCUUCAUGUAUGUGCAAAAACUCUUUAGAUGUCUGUUCACAUCACUUUUGCCUUACAGAUCAUCUGUAUGUACACCAGACUAGAUUUUGCUGUUGUGGCAUGAUUCUGUGUGCAUUAGUAUUUCUAACCAUGAGGUGCUUCAUUUUGUUUGAUUUAUGUAUGUUCAUGUUUUUCAGUGCUCUCAUUUGCUUUAUAUAAAUUCUUUAUAUUGAUAAAUCUUGUUUUGAAUGCUGCAGAAUAUGAUUGACCAAGUUAUUGCACAGCAAAAACAAUGUGAACAAGAUGGCUGUGAAUAUAGGAACUUAAAACUGAAGGAAUAUUCCCAUUGCCAUAAUCUCAUAUCUUGUUUGGGCCACAUUUAUGAGCAGAUGAAACACUUCUAGUUUUUUAUGAUGUUAAAACAAAACGUUAUUCUGAUAAACGGUCAAGUUUCAUUUUUUCCAUGCAUAUCAAAACUAUAUAACCAAUAAAAUCAUUAGUAAAUGGA